GCAUGGCUGCGCCCAUAUGAUGAAGACGUAGUAUUUUAAUCAUUGUGAAUGAUGUUAUAUAAACCACCAAAAAGAAGUAUUUUAAACCCAUUCAACCUUGAUACAGGUUACAAAUGGGAAAGAAGGCUUCGGUGGAUGUAUAUAAUAUUUGCAUGGAAUGCUCUCGGUGGACUAAUCUAUCUAAAGUGGUCGGGGAAGUUUAAGAAGAUACAGGAGGCAGAUGCGUACAGUUCAGGCGACGGUGAAAGAACUGGAGCAGAAGAACUAAAACUCGUGAAACAAUUAAGGCCCGUUGAAAGAUAUGCACUGCAACAUAGUGGUGACUCAGAAAAGAAGAAGAUAAUGACAGUUAAUUGGUAUGGUCAGAAAAAACAAGAAUGGACAUUGCAAGAUACUAAAAAUAAGCUGAAAGGGAUGACUGAAGAACAGAACGAAAAAGAUCAAGGGAAAAGCUAAACUUGAUUUUCUGGUAACCAUAUACACUGAACGAUUACAACUAUUGAAAACGUACAUUGCAGUAACUAGUAAAAGACAUGGCAAACCUUUGUCAAAUUUCGGGGAUGGGAAACUUUAGCUUCAUUAUGAACAUAAGGAAGCUGUGGAAUGCAAACUGCCGUAUGUUUGUGAUGGACUGCAGUCAAAAACAGUGUGAGAAAGGCUUGGGUCCUAAUAACUCCACAGUUAAUGCACAGCACACACGUGGCAGGAGUAGAAGCAACCAACCACUUUUUACAGACACCGAGUUGCUUGGAUCAAAUUCAUGUGCCUAUGGUCAGCAUAAGCCGAAACAUUACGUUUCAUUGUGUAAUGAGACUUAUUACGAUGAUGAGGAAGUGUGGGCUUGUAGGAAGAAGAAUGGCGUUUUGUUGGAUCCACCUGACAUAGAUAUCGAGUAUCUGUGUGAACCCAGCAAUCUUGAAGAAAUCGAGCGCAAUAUCAUUGCGAGAAAAGGCAUUGGCAACAUCACACUACUGCAGCAAUUGUACGAAGAGAUACAGCAGCUGGGAGAAAAAAUGGUGAAGUCCCUAAUGACGCAGGAUAGCCGGGAAUCCACUGAGAAGAGAAUGAAUGAACUUACUGAGAAGUUCAACAAAGAGGCCCUCGUGAUUCCAAACAGGACUCAUCCCGAUGUUGUGCUAAGUGAGGAUGCAAUGCCUCGUAUCGUUGAGACAUGCGGCGUAAAACCGACGUUCGCAUUCCAACCCAAGACACUCGAGCAGUUAGCAAAGGACCUAGAUGGGCUGCGCAUGGACAACCUCGGGAAUUUAACGGGUCCAAGAACGUACUAUCUGAAAAACAGCUUUGCUGAAAUGGAGUCGGCACUCACCCGGUUCACAGUCGAUCACCUAAAGUCAAAGGGCUACGUGCUUAUGUCCGUGCCUGACCUGCUUCACCCACAGGUGAUUGACGCUUGCGGGAUGCCGGUUACGGGAGAUCGAUCCCAGGUCUACCACAUCGACAAGAAUCGACAUGGCCGUGACCUCGCGCUGUCAGGCACUGCCGAGAUGGCGCUCGCCGGUUAUCACGCAAACAGGAGCUUCCCGCUAUACAGUCUUCCCCGCCAGCUGCAGGCCGUGAGCCGUUGCUUCCGCGCCGAGGUGUCACACUCGCUCAACGAGAAGGGGCUCUACCGAGUGCACCAGUUCACGAAGGUGGAGAUGUUCGGUGUGACGGCUGCGGAGGCGGGAGACGAGAGCGAGAAGCUGCUAGAUGAGAUGCUCUCUAUACAGAAGCAGCUGUACAAAACCCUCGGCUUGCACUUCGUCGUGCUCGACAUGCCGUCGCAUGAGCUCGGUGCGGCCGCAUAUAGAAAAUAUGACAUAGAGGCAUGGAUGCCAGGCAGGGGGUGCUUCGGAGAAGUGUCGAGCACGUCAAACUGCACGGACUACCAGAGCAGGCGGCUGCACGUUCGCUACUCGGUGCCAUCAGGCGAGCAGGUCUACGUGCACACAGUGAAUGGGACAGCCUGCGCAGUGCCCCGCAUGCUCAUCGCCAUCAUAGAAACUUACCAGCAGGAGGAUGGCAGUGUGCGGAUACCAGAAGCCCUUCAGUCCUACAUGAGGGGCCAGACAGUGAUGGCAAAACCUGCAAAGCGGGUCGACAUGCGCUGGCUCAAGUAUAGGUCACAGCAUUGAGCAUAUAGAUGAGUGACCAUGUGGCUAAACUAGUGUAAUUAUGAGAGUUAGUGGCAAGUCAGUAUUGAAUGGAUAUUAAUAGCUUCAGGCACAGUUUGGCUUUGAAUUGUUUUAAAGUGGAUAAACCUCGCAGCUAGAUGCAUAUAUAUACCUACUGUGAGCUCGCCUAUGUUGCAAAAAUUCAGUACAACUUAUUUGUAUUGCCACGUUCGCAACGUUUCUUCAUAAAAUCUAAACGAAAUUACUUCUCUUCCGAAAGUAGCACCACAGUGAUGUUUACACAUCCGGGACACAGCGGAGCAAUCGGCUCGAUUAAUUAACAGUUGUAUGUUCUAUGAUAAAACAAGUUAUAAUUCAUUAUUCGAUGUUUACAAAAUUGUGAAAUUUGUUUAAGUCAUAUCAUUAUCUAUAUUACUUAUGCAAUCAGGAAACAUAUAUAGUGUUUUCGUUCCAGGAACUAUUUCCACUAGCGUAGGACUACUGCUAGCUGUGUGACAUUACCUCGUCCAACAUGAUUUUGAAAAUCCCAAUGUUUGUAGCACUUCUCUGGCUCAAUGAGAACAUUUCGUGAUGUUUGCACACUGCAGGUAUGCUCACUGCAGGUAUGCUCACAGUAGGUCUAUAUAGGCUUUUUGUUGCGAGGUAGAUUUUACGAUGUAGAUUGGAGCAUGUACUCUUUGAGAGUUACAUAGUUACAAAAGAGCUAUGGCCCCAUUAUUGUUUAUAUUCUGUAUUUAACUAAAGAAUAACUCAUUAUGCCUUGUUACUUUACUGAUUUUGAGUGAGUUGGUAGCAUUCAAUAUGAAUAUUGUUAGGACCCAAAAAAUAAAACAAAACCAAUGUUGAUUAAAAUCUUUAUUUUAAAAACAAA